AUGGCGGGUCUCUACAAUACUCUCAGACCCACCUCAUCAUCAUCUCCAUCUUCCUCAAGCACCUUCAUUUCUCGGCUUUUACUCUUACUUACAGUCCUUCCGUUAUCUCUCGCCGCCUUCGCUUUCAUUCUCCAAUGGAAAGGAGGCCUGAAUGACCCCACAACCCGGUGGUCCUCGGACCGCCAUGAGUUCCCGGGUAUGGUUCUCUCGGAACCCGUUCAUUCUUCAUCGUCUGACUGUGUGGAUCUCCUGGGAAAGGGUAGCCUGCCUUCCUUACCCUACUACAAGAAUUGGAAUAACGAUCUGAGGCCUAAGGAGGUGUUGAUUCUUGUAUUGGGUUUUGGAGUUUCUUGGGUGAUCAUUGGAAAAGCUGCAUCUCCUACUGUAUCUAAUGCCCUGGAAUCCAUUCCGGGGGUAAAAGUUAUAUACAGGACAAGAGAAUUAGAGGAGCAACAAGCUAAAAGGCUAGUCCUCUUUGUUUUUUUUUUUAAUACCCUCGUUGAGGUUUUGACAUCUCCCUAUAGAACAUUUGAUUUUCUCAAGGGUCGUUUAGCUGCUGAAAUGCCAAAUGAUAACUAUAUGGUCUGCCGGAUUUGGAAUGAGACUUGGUUAGCAAGCUUCUUCUACAAACCAUGCAACUAUGAGUUAUUUGUAAAGCAAUCCCUCAACAUGGAAAUGGCAAUUGUGAUUGCACAGGAAGCUGGCAUGGAUUGGAUCAUCCAUCUGGACACCGAUGAGCUACUGCAUCCAGUGGGCGCUUGUGAGUACUCUGUCAGAAAGUUGUUGUCAGAUGUGCCUGGAGAUGUUGAUAUGGAGAGCAGCGUCGAGCAAGAUGACAUUAAAGAACCUUUCAGUGAGGUGUCAAUGUUCAAGAAGAAUUAUGACCAUCUUCCAAAAGAGACAUACUUUGGCAAUUACAAAGAAGCAACUCGUGGUAAUCCGAACUAUUUUUUGACAUAUGGAAAUGGGAAAGCUGCCGCCCGUAUUCAAGAUCAUCUUCGUCCUAAUGGUGCUCACAGAUGGCACAACUAUAUGAAGACCCCUAAUACGAUCCAAUUGGAUGAGGCUGCUGUUCUGCAUUACACAUACCCCAAAUUUUCGGAUUUUACUUCAAGACGGGAUCGGUGUGAUUGUAAGCCCACGAAGGAGGACGUUAAAAGAUGCUUCAUGUUAGACUUCGAUCGAGCUGCAUUCAUAAUUGCUUCAACUGCGACACAAGACGAAAUGCUUCACUGGUACCGGGAACACAUUGUGUGGACUGACAAAGCACUAAAUAUUAAACUUUUAAAGAAAGGCAUUUUGACUCGCAUUGAUGCUCCCAUGGUCAUUGUUCAAGGGUUGAAGGAUACUGGCAUUUUCAGUAAUGUGAUUGCGUCAGCUCAGACAAGCCUCUCAAAAGGAAAGCUUUUAUCAUCGAUCGAGAGUAGUAAUCCAUCAAAAGUCGCUGCUGAAUUUGGGGGAAUCUCUUCAAGAAAGAUCGGUGGAAACAUGGAAGAAUCUCAAGCUACUGCAAGUAAGGUUUUGGAAAUUGAAGGUUCUGAUUUUCAUGCAAUGCCACCACAAUCUCCACCUGCCAUUACUGAUAUCCACCUUGAUAUGUAUUAG